AUGGCGGAAGCACCAAGCAGGCCGCCAAGUCGCAACGCGGAUAAUCAGACCGAGCACAACGAAGAUUUCCCGCCAUUGUUUGAAGCUAGAACGAGGAAGCAGCUUAGGUCGAAUGAAAAAAGAAGGCUGACGAAUCUUACAAAAAGGAUUGAAAAACACAUGGCAGAACGCGGUAGCAGAACCGAAUUACAGUUCUUAAGAAAAGAGCUGGCCACCCAGUUGGAAGAAUGCACAAGAGCUCACAACUUGUACCGCCAGUCGAACGACCUAGAUCAUGUACCACCCGAGGACUGGAUCAUCCAGCUGGAAAACGUCACCGCAAUCUGGUAUGGACGUAUCGACGAAUACAUCCGCACGGUCAAUCGACCACCUUCAGCCGUGCCCAGCAAUCCAUCCGUCCGAAGCAGGCAAAGCAUCCGGAGCAAUACGACGUGGCUCGACCCUAACCAUCCUGGAGCUUUUCAGCAACGAGAAAAUGAAAAUCCCUUCGACGACCGAGCCUCAGCUUCAAUCAGCGAAAUACGCGAUUUGCCGUCCGACAUUGAAUACGAAGAUGAUUUAAGACAGCGUCUGGAUGACGAAAGAUUGGCGAGAGAAGAUUUAGAAAGAAGAUUGCAACAGCUACAGACAGACAUGGCAGCGAAAGAAAAAGCCGGUCCUGAAAAAGAAGACAAUGCCGCCACCGCAGCAUUGACAGAGGAACUACAAAACCUCCGGCUACAGAUGAACCAAUGGAAGCAGACCCAGGAUGCAGAAAUGGCAAACCGCAUCAAGCUAGAAAAGUCCUUACGGGGCGACAUCGAAAAACAAAAAAGAGAAUUGGAAGAAGAAAAACUCGCCCGUCAGACUGAAAAGUAUCGGUACGAACGGGAAAAAGAAAGCGACUGGGACAAAUUUAGGUCCGCCGUCGACGAGCGUUUUGCGCAACAUAAUGAGGCGACAUCCACCAACAAAGCAGCGCACAACACGGAAUCACAUACACAGCACCAAGGAGCAAGACCCAAGAAACCACCAGCCUCCGCGGGCAACCGAGGUUCCGGUCCGCCACCUUACACGGAAGAUGACGCUUCAAUCGGCGCGGAAUCAGUACAGUCGUAUCAGGCGCCUCAUCAAGACAAAGAAAGCGAUGCAAACAAUUGGUCGUUCAAUCUGAAUGGCAAAGAGGAUCGACAACCGCCAGGAAUUCAUGGAUCGGCGCAUUCCGUCUUUCGUCUUCCGAAGAUGGACCUAAAGCCGUUUGACGGCGACCCGAAGAAUUGGCAAGACUUUAUCGCCAUUUUUCGUGAUUUGGUUCAUGAUAAUUCCAGUCUGACAACGACUCAAAAAAUGGCCAUUCUCAAGCGCUGUCUGACCAGCGAAAUACGAGACGGACUUGGUGAUUCGUUAAGCAGUCCGGCUUUGUACCAAGAGGCAUUGCAAGAGCUGGAAUCAACAUACGGACAUCCCCAGAUCGUGUCGAGGACGUACAUUCAGUCCCUAAUUCAGCUCCAGCGAGUAAGCGCGAAUGAUUACAAGGCGUUAUUGAAAUUUUCGCAAGCUGUAAAUGGGGCAGUAGCCUCGCUGAGAAGCGGCGGCUACCAACACGAAUUAAAAUCAUCCGGCCUUUUGGACAUCAUCGUAACCAAGCUCCCUUCCGAGGUACAAAGCAGGUGGGGGAGACAAAUCGUGAAGAAUCACCCUGUCAGUCAAACACUCCAAGACUUUGCUACCUGGUUCAGCAAGUUCGUCAAAGGCGAAAUGAUGGCAAAGCACAGUCAGAUUUCUCUGACACCAAUCACGCCAGCAAAACCGAAAAGCGGAUCAAAACCGGGCCGGCAGCCCGACAACAAAUCCGGUUUUUCACCGACUAUAAACGCAGUCACGCAUCCAGCGACCUCCGGCGGAUCAUCAUCGUCAAAAUCGAAGACGGCGCAGCAAGCGGAGGCGCCUCCAAAGAAGCUUAUUUGCCUCCUAUGCAAAGGCGAUCAUCGCCUGGGACAGUGCAAGACUUUCGUUGAAAUGUCGCUCGAAGAAAGAAUAAAAAUCAUCAAAGAAAAUGGAUGCUGUCUCCGAUGCUUAAGCAAAGGACACAUGAGCAAGGACUGCACAAGCCGGAAGAAAUGCAUCAUCAACAAUUGCGGUCAACCGCAUCACUCAUUGUUACACGACGCUCCGCGCUUGGCCCCAACCGAACCCAAAUCAAUCCUAAAACCAGAGAAGACAGUCACGCUACCCCUGAAUGUAGCGACAGUCUCCGUCGAAGACGACGAAUCAUGCACGGUGAUGCAAAUAGUCCCUGUCACCCUCGAAGCGGACGUAAAAACAUUGGAAACGUUUGGAUUCCUCGAUCCAGGAAGCCAAACAACUUUGAUUUUAGAUCGCGCUUCAGAACAGCUCGACCUCGACGGCGAUGAAGAAAUGACAAAGCUAGGAACGUUCCAUGGAGACGACCCGAUCAUCAAAAUGAAGAAAGUUAAGUUCAACAUCCAACCAAGAGACGGAAGCCGAUCGUUUCCUGUAAAAAAGGCGUUUUCUGUUCCCAAGCUCAACAUCAACGCCCAGCAGAUUGAAUGGCCAGUCACAAAACGGGAAUGGGGCUAUCUUCAAGACGUGGACCUGCCGCAUAUCGACACCAACAACGUGACCAUCCUCAUAGGCAGAGACGUUAUGCGCGUCCAUGAUGUACUGGAGCAUCGCAGUCCACCCGACGGAACCGAAGCGCCAGACGGAAUCUUAACUCAUUUUGGAUUGAGCAUCGCAGGUCCCGUUCCAGAGUCACUGCUGAAGCGACAAACUUAUCGGCCCAUGUCAGUUAUGCACAUUUCACGUCAACAAUCCGACGAGUUCUUAAAUGAAGCUGUCCAGCGGUUCUGGAGAACGGAAUCGUACGGCGUCGGACUUUCUUCUCAUCAAAACCUACCACCCGAUGAUCAAAAAGCGCUUCGCAUUCUCCAAGAUACCAUCCGGCACACUGGCGAGCGCUACGAAGUCGGAUUAAUGUUAAAGAAUCCGGAAUUAAAUCUUCCGAACAACGCCGAAGUCGCCUUCCGUCAUUUCGCGUCAUUGGAGCGCCGCUUUAAAAAGGAUCCGGCGUUUGCUAAGAGUUAUGCGGCCGUCGUCAACGAGUACAUCGCGGCCGGCCAUGCAAAAUUAGUCGUCCCCAACUCUCCUUUCACUCGCGGCCAUGUAUGGUAUCUGCCGCACCAUGGAGUCACAGCGGCAAGCAAGCCCGGAAAAGUUCGGGUAGUUUUCAAUCCGUCGGCGCGCUUCCGCGGCACAUCAUUAAAUGAAGAGCUGUACAAGGGUCCGGAUUUACUAACUUCUCUCAUCGGAGUAUUAUUGCGCUUUCGGCUGCACCCAUGCGCAAUUUCUGGCGACAUUCAGAAAAUGUACCAUCAGGUACAAGAGCCGGAACAUCAACAAUCAUUAUUGCGUUUUAUCUGGAGAGAACCAGGCAGCACGGAAGACCCACAAACAUUUCAGAUGACCGUUCACGUCUUCGGAGCUGUCUCCUCACCGACAAGCUGCAUUUAUGCUCUGCGACGGACCGCCGAAGACUUUGGACCCCAAUACCCAGGAGCCGCGGAGAAAGUAUUGAAGAAUAUCUACGUAGAUAAUUAUCUGGAUUCAGCCGAUACGGAAGCUGAAGCCAUCGCCCAGCGCCAGGAAGUAACUGAUCUUCUCAAGCACGGAGGAUUCAAUAUGGUGCAAUGGAUGUCAUCGUCCCGCCCCGUGUUGGCCUCUGUCAAUCAGGCUGAUCGAGCAAGAGCGCUGGAUAUCACCACCGAUCCUUUGCCCGUCGAGCGCACCCUCGGAAUUCAUUGGGAUUGCCAGGACGACGCGUUUAUGUUUAAUUCCAACACUCGACUCGAUGUCAAAACGAAGAGGCAAGUCCUGCAAGAGAUCGCCUCGAUUUUCGAUCCAUUGGGAUUUCUUGUCCCAAUCGUGAUGGUAGCAAAAAUCUUGAUGCAAGAUAUCUGGCGAUCCGGAGUCGAAUGGGACGAUCAGCUCCCACAGGCCCUUCUCGAUGUUUGGAAGCGGUGGGUCGCUGACCUUCCCGCCAUCUCAACCCUGAAGAUUCCCCGAUGCUUUCGUCGAUCGACCCUGCCGUCGGAAUAUCAACUGCACGUCUUCACGGAUGCCUCGGAAUUAGGAUUUGCCGCUUGCGUAUUUCUUCGCGCGUCGUACAGCGAAUCCCAUGUUGGCCUCACUCUGAUUAUGGCAAAAUCAAGAGUCGCUCCUCUCCGCCAACUGUCAAUUCCGCGGCUGGAACUUCAAGGCGCAGUUCUCGGCGCCCAAUUAUGUGCCACCGUCAUCAAGGAUCUUGGCCCGAUCGCAUCCGCCGUUUAUUAUUGGUGCGAUUCACAGACAGUGCUACAAUGGAUACACUCGAAAACGUGUAAAUACCACGCCUUUGUCGCCCAUCGAGUGACAGACAUUCUGGAUAAAAGUGAAGCGACUCAAUGGCGUCACAUCCCCGGUGAGCUUAAUCCCGCCGACGACGGAUCCCGAGGUGUGUCCGCUGCCUUCUUCACCACCCAACAUCGCUGGUUUCGCGGCCCUGAUUUUUUAUUGAUGCCUGAAAUGGCCUGGCCCCCACCGAUGAACAUUGCCGAGCCGGCAAAUGACGACCCGGAAGUCUCACCCGCCAAAUGGAUUGGUUCUAUUCGAGUUCCGACGCCUCAUCCCAUUUUCGAGUUGAUUCAACGUUCCUCCGACUUCAUCAAAAUCAAAAGGAUCGUCGCCUGGCAGCUGCGCUUCCUUCGGAAUCAUUCUCUUUCGCUGAAAAAGUGUGUCAUCCCGUUAUCUCGAUGGCUCACAGCUCCGGAAUUGCGUGAUGCCCAAACAUUAUUGAUUCGGGUCGAUCAGGAACAUCAUUUUGCCGUAGAGAUUCGUUUUUUACGCAAAGGAAAACCCGUGCCAGUCACAUCCAAGCUGGCCACGUUGACCCCCUUUAUAGAUGCGUCCGGAAUUAUCCGGGUAGGUGGCCGGAUUCAACAUGCUUGUCUCCCUGAAGACACAAAACAUCCCAUCGUCUUGUCUUCCGACAGCCAGCUGGCGACGAUGAUUAUUCUCGACCUCCACCAUCGACUGACUCACGCAAAAACGGAGCGUUUGUUACAUAACCUCCGGGCGACGUAUCAUGUUCUGCAGCCACGGGCCACCAUCGAGAGAGUGAUUCGUCCCUGCUUCGAGUGCAAGCGACGCGACAGCCAACCGGUGUGUCCACUCAUGGGUCCGUUGCCGGCCAGAAGAAUUAAAACACACCAGUGGCCGUUUUCUCACGUCGGAAUCGACUACUUCGGUCCGUUGUACGUCUCCAUGCUCCGACGGACUCUGAAGCGGUACGGAGUCAUGUUUACUUGCCUGGAUUGUCGAGCCGUCCACCUUGAACUGGCUGAUUCCAUGGACCUCGAUUCGUUCAUGAUGGCGUUUUCCCGUUUUACAGACCGCCGUGGAGUUCCUCUUGUCUGUUACAGCGAAAACGGAACCAAUCUGGUGGCUGGCGAACAAGAGAUCCGGGAUGCGAUCGCUCAAUGGAAUCCGGAAGCGUUGGCCAAAAAUAUGGCUGAUCGAAACAUCGAAUGGCGAUUUAGCCCUCCCGAUUCGCCUCAUUUCGGCGGAUCAUGGGAACGGAUGAUCAAGUCCGCCAAGCUCGCCAUGCGAAUUGUUUUAAAGGAGCGAGUCGUCACUCAAGAGGUGCUGUCUACCGUCAUGACCGGUGUCGAAGCUUUGCUGAACGCCCGUCCAUUAACCCCGGUGAGCAGCGAUCCAACCGAAGUCGACGCUCUUACCCCUAAUCAUUUUCUCCAUGGACGGCCAAACAUUCAACUGCACUCCGACUUCGACGCUCAACCGCAGUUGCUCAGCAAGCGGCGGUGGAUGGACGCGCAGGAGAUCGUCAACCACGUUUGGAAUCGCUGGAUGCGCGACGACGCGCAUUUAGUGCCGCCGCACAGGACCCAAUUCUGGGAAUCCUUUAAUGCAGCUGUCCACUCUUCAUCUCUAUCGAACGUGCAAAAGUUCGAUUACCUCAAAGAGUAUUUGAAAGGUGAAGCGUAUCUAUUAGUUAACAAUCUUGAAUUAACAGAUGCGAAUUAUCAAGUCGUCAUCGACGAACUGAAAAGGUUGUACGGGAAGACGGACGUCCUAAUCGAUUCGCACUUUGAGAAACUGGAUGCCUUGCAGCCCGUAAAGGACGGGAACGACGUUCCAGCUCUAAGGAGUUUCCAGCUAAAUCUCCAAUCGCACAUCAGCGCGUUGGAAACGUUAGGAGUCCCCACAAGUUCCUUUGGAGGACUCCUCGGAUCAAGAUUAAUCAAAUUGAUUCCUUCCAGGCUCCAACUAGAAUGGGCGAAAUCGGCAACGAACAAAACCACAGACACCGAAAUGGUCAUCAAAUUCAUUGGAGAACAAAUCGAUGCAGCCGAGAGGUACAACCGGAUCAAAGGUGUGGAAAAGGAGAAAUCAUCUCCAGCUCCUAAACAGCCAAAACCGGCAAAUCCACCGCCAGCAACAGCAUCACAACUGGCAGUAGGAGCCAAAGCAAGCCCAGCUCCUCAGGUGCGUGAAUUGCUUUGGAUCAAAGCACGAGCUGAAGGAUUGCACAUCCACCCGGAACUGCAACAAGUGCGGAGGAAGACACCACACCUCUCUCUGCGACAAAGGAGACGUAUGAGUCUCCAACCCAACAACGGCAGCAAGCAUCGUGGCCAGCAGUCCAACUACAACAACUACAGCCUGUGCAAGCACCUUUGGACAAUUGAUGCUGAAAACGGCAACAGUCAUCAUCAGCGGCCAGAACGGUAA